GUGUGUGCAUUGAUGUGCACAGGUGAGUUCCUGUCAGCCGCCAUGGGUCUGGUUUACUCUGAGCCGGCCUGUCAGUCAGCGUACAGCGGAGACGUUCAUCAGCUCUAUCGCAUCCUGAAAGAUGAUCCAAACAACCUGAAUGUCCAGGAGGGACACACAGGGGACACGCCCCUCAUCGCUGCCUGUCGCCGCGGCAACCUGAGGAUGGUCCGAUACCUUUUGGACAACAAGGCCGACGUCCACCUGACCAAUAAGAAACAGAGGACGUGUCUCCACUACUUGUCCAAGAGGACAUUUUCUCUGCUCGACUAUCUGAUGAUCUCCAUCCUGAUGCCCAUCCUGCUGCUCGGAUACUUUCUCAUGUUACAAAAGCAGAGGCAGAAUGUGAGUCUGAUGGAGGUCGUUCUGAGGAGUAAGGUCAAUGUCAACGCAGCUGAUUAUAAAGGAAACACGGCGCUUCACUUGGUCUGCCAGAGGAAGAGUCAUCGCCUGGUUCCUCUGCUGCUGCUCAGAGACGCCGACGCCAGCAUCAGAAACAAGGACGGAGAGACGCCGCUGGACAUCGCCACCAGACUGAAGUUCACCAAGAUCGUCAACAUGUUGAAGAUGCAGUGAUGGACGGACGAGAGGAGAGAGAGCGAGGCCCAACGAGAGAGUUUCUCAAGUAAAUUGCAUUAAAAUUGUUUUAUUAAAACUGAUUCAGAUUAAAUGGUUUUAUGUUAAAAAAUCUAAACGUUAACUUGUGAAAUCAGACUCAAGUUACAACUUCACAGUACAGAGUCAUAUGCAACAUGUCCCGUCAAAAUAAAAGCAUUUUAUAUUAAA